AUGGAGAACAGAAACAACGUGACGGAGUUUGUUCUACUGGGGCUCACAGACAGUCCAAAGAUGCAGAAAAUCAUAUUUGUUAUGUUUUUUGUCAUCUACAUCAUCAUUGUGGUAGGAAAUGUUCUCAUUGUGGUCACCAUCACUGCCAGCCCAUUGUUGGGAUCCCCCAUGUACUUCUUCCUGGCCUAUCUCUCCUUUAUCGAUGCCUGCUAUUCCUCUGUCAGUACCCCUAAACUGAUCACAGAUUCACUUCACCAAAGAAAGACCAUCUUAUUCAAUGAGUGUAUGAUCCAAGUCUUUGGGGAACAUUUCUUUGGAGGUGCUGAGAUCAUCCUUCUUACUGUGAUGGCUUAUGACCGCUACGUGGCCAUCUGCAAGCCCUUGCACUACACAACCAUCAUGAAUCGGAGGGUGUGUGGUCUACUAGUGGGAGUUGUGUGGGUGGGAGGCUUUCUUCAUGCAACCAUACAGAUCGUCUUCAUAUUUCAAUUACCUUUCUGUGGCCCUAACGUCAUAGAUCACUUUAUGUGUGAUCUGAACCCUUUGCUCAGUCUUGCCUGCACUGAUACCCACACUUUAGGGUUCUUUGUUGCUGCCAACAGUGGGUUCAUCUGCCUGUUAAACUUUCUCCUCUUGCUGGUCUCCUAUGUGGUCAUCCUGUGCUCCCUAAGGACCCUUAGCUUGGAGGGGAGACGCAAAGCCCUCUCAACCUGUGCUUCCCAUAUCACAGUGGUCGUCUUAUUCUUUGUGCCCUGCAUAUUUGUGUAUAUGAGACCUGCGGCCACUUUAUCUGCUGACAAAGCAGUUGCUGUAUUCUACACUAUCAUAACUCCCAUGUUAAAUCCCUUAAUCUAUACCUUGAGAAAUGCCCAGAUGAGAGAUGCCAUUGGGAAAUUGUGCAGCAGGAAAGCUAUUUCAGAAGACUAA